UCGAUUAUGCUUCGUACCGAGCAACUUCAGGGCGGUCCACAGUGGCAAUCAGGCAACUGGGAGGGGAGGGCACUUUUGUCAAUAAAAUCUCUUUUAUUAUUCUUACACAAAAGAAGUUUUGUUGUAAAUAACCAAAGGAUUAAUUUUACUUAAGGGAUUGGAAGAACACUAUAUAUUACUUCUUCAAAAUGUCGACAUCUGCGAUAUAUAUUUUAGACGUAAAGGGUAAAGUUUUAAUUUCACGAAAUUAUCGUGGAGACAUAGAAACGGGUGUUAUAGAGAAAUUUAUGCCUCUUGUAAUGGAAAGAGAAGAGGAAGGCAAUCUUACUCCUAUUAUUCAAACUGCUGAAUGUACAUAUGCAUAUAUAAAAUACAAUAAUUUGUAUAUUGUGUCAACUACAAAAAAGAAUGCAAACAUUUCCUUAGUAUUUGUAUUCUUGCAUAAACUAGUGCAAGUGAUGCAAGAAUAUUUCAAAGAAUUGGAAGAAGAAAGCAUACGAGACAAUUUUGUUGUUAUUUAUGAACUUUUAGACGAGUUAAUAGAUUUUGGAUAUCCGCAAACUACAGACAGCAAGAUAUUACAGGAAUAUAUAACUCAAGAAGGACACAAACUCGAAAUUCAACCACGAAUUCCUAUGGCUGUGACUAAUGCUGUAUCUUGGAGAUCGGAAGGUAUAAAAUACCGUAAAAACGAAGUGUUCCUAGAUGUAAUAGAAUCGGUGAAUCUUUUAGCGAAUGCUAAUGGAAAUGUUUUGAGCUCUGAAAUUGUUGGUGCCAUAAAAAUGAGAGUAUAUUUAUCCGGAAUGCCGGAAUUAAGACUUGGAUUAAACGAUAAAGUUUUAUUCGAAUCUACAGGACGUGGAAAGUCUAAAUCGGUUGAAUUGGAGGAUGUGAAAUUUCAUCAGUGCGUCAGAUUAUCUAGAUUUGAAAACGAUAGAACAAUUUCUUUUAUUCCUCCUGACGGAGAGUUCGAAUUAAUGUCUUACAGAUUGAAUACACAUGUAAAACCAUUGAUAUGGAUUGAAUCUGUCAUCGAACGACAUGCUCACAGCAGAGUAGAAUACAUGAUAAAGGCAAGAUCACAAUUUAAAAGGCGUUCUACGGCCAAUAAUGUAGAAAUAGUGAUUCCAGUGCCCAAUGAUGCAGAUUCUCCUAAAUUUAAGACUACUAUUGGCAGUGUUAAAUAUUCACCAGAGCAGAGUGCAAUAACUUGGUUCAUCAAGUCAUUCCCUGGUGGUAAAGAAUAUUUAAUGAGAGCACACUUUGGUCUACCAUCUGUUGUUGGGGAAGAUGUGGAAGGAAAACCACCGAUUCAAGUUAAAUUUGAAAUUCCAUAUUUCACUACUUCUGGGAUACAAGUGCGUUAUUUAAAGAUCAUUGAGAAAAGUGGAUACCAAGCGCUACCAUGGGUGAGGUAUAUUACACAGAAUGGGGAUUAUCAAUUGAGAACAAAUUAAAUA